AUGAGGAAACACGAUCAAGAUCAAGAUCAAGAACCGAUCGAAGAAGAAGAGGAAGCAACGCAGAGAGAAGCAGGAAAAGGGAUCGAACGAAGGGUCGUGAGACUGGAGAAGCUAUUGGAAAUGUCGAAAGCUGAGUACCCCUUGAGAUCCUGCCGACGAGCUGAUUAUUUGAGAGAUUCAAAAAGCAAAGGGAAAGAUCCCUCAAUGCGACAACUGCAUCUGCAUGUUAUUAGCCAGGAUUUCGAUUCAAUACAUUUGAAGAACAAGAAACAGUGGAACUCCUUCAACACUGCUUUCUUUCGAGACUCCAUGGAUGCAAUAGAGGAAGUCAGUAGUGAUGGAAAAGCAAAGCUAAAAGAUGAUGAUAGCCUGUUGUCUACGGAGCUUCGAUGCCACCGAUGUAGAAGAGCUCACCCCAACAUGCCGCGAUUAAAAUCUCACAUUACCGACUGUCGAGCCCCCUUUCCAAGCACCCUGCUCCAAAAUGGUCGUCUUGUUCACGCACCAAGCAAUGUCAGCAUUGAUCCGUAG